UUGUUGCAUAUAUAAACCCCGCCACUCGCCCAGCUCAGUGCAAAAACCCUACCAAAACCUCUAGCCGAGAUAAGCUUCCGUUCUUUGUUAAUUGUUUUUUGUUUUCUGUUUUCCGUUUUCCGCUUGAUUGCUUUUGGGUCACUUGACGUAGAGGCAAAAUGGUGCUUGGGGAAAGAUUGGGCGACAAGAGCGAUUCUAGAUUUUGUGGGGUUGAGACUGAGUUCCAGGAGGACAUGCCUCAACUUUUGUCGUUCAAUCUAUCAUCAUCUGCGGCCUUUGAUUUCGUUGUUGCUCCUGUGAUGGAUCCGACUUAUAGACCAAGCUUGAUGGUUAAUGAUCGUAACAGGUCUGGUGUUCUGCCUGUUGCAGGGUCAGACCUAGUUUUGAGCCCUGCCCAAUGGAGUAGUCAUGUUGUGGGAAAACUUAGCUCUUGGAUUGACUUGGAUUCAGAAGAUAAGAUACUCCGGCUGGAUUCUGAAAUCACUCUGAAGCAAGAAAUAGCGUGGGCUUCUCAUCUCUCCCUACAGGCAUGCCUUCUUCCUACUCCAAGAGGAGCAUCCUGUGCUAAUUAUGCUAGGUGUGUGAAUCAGAUUUUACAGGGCUUAAACAAUAUGCAGUUGUGGCUUAGGAUUCCCUUGGAGAAGACUGAUGAUGAUGCUAUGGAUGGGACACAUGAUGAUUUGAAUGGAGGGCAAACGGAUUCUUGGGAACUAUGGAACUCAUUUCGCCUUCUUUGUGAACAUCACAGUCAACUGUUCAUCGCCUUAGAUGUUUUGAGUUCACUACCUUCUGCAAACUCACUUGGACGAUGGUUUGGAGAGCCUGUUAGAGCAGCCAUAAUUCAUACCAAUUCUUUUCUAACAAAUGCACGUGGACAUCCGUGUCUAUCAAAGCGGCACCAGAAGCUGCUGACUGCAUUUUUUAACCAUUCAAUUCAGAUGGUGCUUUCUGGAAAACCAGUACAUAGUCUCCCCAAGGGAAGUUUGGAACUAGGUUCUAAUGAUGCUGAUGGUAUUCAGAGACAUCCCUUGAGAUCAUAUUUGGACUAUGUUGGUUAUCUCUAUCAGAGGAUGGAUCCUCUUCCUGAACAAGAACGAUUUGAGCUUGGUUAUAGGGAUUUCUUGCAGUCUCCAUUGCAGCCUCUCAUGGAUAAUCUAGAGGCACAAACAUAUGAGACAUUUGAGAAAGAUACAAUGAAAUACAUUCAGUACCAAAGAGCAGUCUGUAAAGCUUUGUUAGAUAGGGUCCCUGAUGAAAAAGCAUCCAUUGUAACCACAGUACUGAUGGUGGUGGGAGCAGGUCGUGGACCUCUGGUUAGAGCGUCAUUGCAGGCUGCUGAAGAAACCGGACGUAAGUUGAAAGUUUAUGCUGUGGAGAAAAAUCCAAAUGCAGUUGUUACACUUCAUAGUCUGGUUAAACUAGAGGGAUGGGAAAACAUUGUUACCAUAGUUUCUUGUGAUAUGCGUCAAUGGGAUGCUCCUGAGAAAGCUGACAUUUUGGUUAGUGAGUUGCUGGGUUCUUUUGGUGACAAUGAGCUGUCUCCUGAGUGUCUUGAUGGAGCUCAAAGAUUUUUGAAGCAAGAUGGAAUUUCAAUACCAUCAUCGUACACAAGUUUCAUACAACCAGUGACUACAUCAAAACUAUACAAUGAUGUUAAGUUACAUAAAGAUCUUGUGCACUUUGAAACUGCUUAUGUUGUCAAACUGCACAAUGUAGCAAGGCUUGCUCCUUGUAAACCGGUUUUUACAUUUACUCAUCCGAAUUACUCAACCGAGAAAAGCAAUCAACGUUAUAAGAAGCUACAGUUUGAGACACUUAGUGACACUGGAUCAGCCAUGGUGCACGGAUUUGCUGGCUAUUUUGAUGCAACUCUUUACAAAGAUGUACAUCUUGGUAUUGAACCAUCGACGGCAACUCCAAACAUGUUCAGCUGGUUUGCAAUAUUUUUUCCACUGAGAACACCGGUUUGCAUACAACCAGGUUCUACUUUAGAAGUUCACUUUUGGCGUUGUUGUGGUGCUACCAAGGUUUGGUAUGAAUGGUGUGUAACAUCUCCUACCCCUUCUCCAAUUCACAACUCGAAUGGUCGUUCAUAUUGGGUUGGACUCUAGUACUCCCAAUCUGUGAAUGUAUUGGCAGAUAGAUAUGAAGCAGAGCAGAAAGUAGCAAUGCCAUGCACCACUUGAACAAAAUGCGUUUCAGAGGUUUGGACUCUGCUACAACAGAGGAAGUAGAAUGCAACUUACGGUGAAGUGAGUGGUCAUUUACCCUAUAAAUGUUGGGGUGAGGGAUCGGGUGCCAGAGCUUGUUCCUCCUGCUUUUGGGCUUCUAUCUCUGUUGGUUGGGGGGUGUUAGUAGACUGUGAUGCAAAGACAAGCAUCGUGAUUGUUUUUGGUUCCUGGAAUCUGUAUAAGAGCCUUGCUCAUUAAAUUUGGAGUUCUCCCCUUUGAGAUGUAAAUCUCAAUGUUCCUCA